CCCUCUAGCUAGGCUAGCUGAUAAUAUGGAAACAAACACUUUUCCACUCGAACUUCUUACAAAUGAUAAUUAUGCGGAUUGGAGCAUCAAGAUGAAAAAUAAUCUGUUGGCUGAAGGUCUUUGGGACAUUGUUGAAACAAGCUCGGAACCUCCCAAACCAGUUGAUGAUGUGGUUGAAUUUGAGGCAUGGAAAAAGAUGAAUGAUGUGGCAUUACACGCAAUCCAAAGUUCAUGUGAUAUGGACAUACUUUCUCAAAUCAAUAAAAUUAGUUUUGCAAAAAUUGCUUGGGAAACAUUGGCUGAAAUGUUCGUAGAAAUGCGGUGGGUUUUCUACAAUAUUGUUGAGCAAGGACACUCUUGCUCAUCAAAUAUCUCAAUUAGUGGACAGGACAUGCCAAGAGGGACCGGAGCUAAUCAGCAAGUUGAGAGUGAAAACUCUUCAGAUAACCAAGGUCGUUCUAACUCAUCAAACAUCUCAAGUAAUGGACAUGACAAGUUAAUACAGGCGGAAGCUGUUGAUCCCAUAAUUAAUGAAGGAAACUCUUCAAGUGCACACAAAUCAGGGCCAGAGAGGGAGAAUGAUUAUGCGGUCUUAGUCGAGGCUGUGCGAAAAGGUGAUUGGAUAACUACAAGAGGUUUCCUCGAGGACAACCCAGCUGCAUUGACAGCAAGAAUCUUCACGGGUACAUAUCCGGGUGGGACGAUUCUUCACGCUGCUGUUGAUGCUGAUCAGGAAUAUAUAGUGCAGGAGUUGGUCAAUAAGAUGUCAGAACAUAAUUUGGCAAUACAAGAUAAUGGCCGCCAGACAGCACUACAUAUUACAACUAUUAGCGGGAAUCAGAGGAUGGCAGAGUGUCUGAUUACAAAGAACAGGAGCUUGGUCAGCAUUAGAGAUAAGGAUAAUGAUCUUCCAGUUGCUUUGGCUAUGGCCUGGGGACAUAAAGAAUUGGCUCGCUAUCUCUAUUUUCCAACUCCGUUAGAAGAUCUGGUGGCAGAUUAUCAGGGUCCUUUCCUUCUUAACAGUUGUAUUUAUAACAGAGAUUUAGAUAUGGCUUUGGAUUUAAUGGAGCGUUGUCCUCUUUUGGCUUUUGCCUCGGACCAUCGAUCAAAUAUGUUCCCUUUGGAGGUAUUGGCUGUUUCGACUGAAGCAUUCGGGAGUGGAAAAGGGAUGGUGUUUUGGAAACAAUGGAUCUACAAUCACUGUAUACAUGACAUUUCAGAAGCAGAUUUAGAUCGUGCUGCCAAUCAAUUCCGUUUGAACAUUCAAAAUCAUGGUCAAGAAAAUACAACCGGAUCAGGUCUACACAUUUCAUUAGAUCGUGCUGCCGAUCAAUUCCGUUUGAACAUUCAAAAUCAUGGUGAAGAAAAAAAUAUCGGAUCCGUGCGAGCUGAUCUAUGGCGCCAACUAGCUUCAAGUCUCUUGAACCUCUUGGGAUUCAAGCGCUUAUAUGAAAUGAAGUUGGUACGAGCUCAAUUCCAACAACUUCUGUAUCGUAUGUGUAAAGCGAUACCAACUUUAAAUACAAUUACAAGCCCAAUAAAUCUAGAUUUUACAAGGAUUAUUGAGUCAGCUAUCAGAAGAGGGAACUUUGAAUUUGUUUAUCAUAUGGUCAAAGAAAAUUCAGACAUUUUCUGGAUGUGUGAUCAUGAUGAUAGGACCAUAUUCAAUUGGGCCGUCCUACAUCGUCAACAUAGGAUCUUUAGCCUUAUAUACAGCUUAAAACAAAAGAAUGUUGUACUAAAUUUGGUAGACAAGUCCAGAAAUACCAUAUUGCAUAUGGCAGGGAUGUUAACAGAAAAUACUCCUAUCGAUCACAUAAGAGGAGCAGCUUUGCAAAUGCAAAGAGAAGUUCAAUGGUUUCAGGAGGUGGAACGCAUUUGCCCUCUCACUCAUAAGGAAAUUUCAAACAAAUAUAAUUUGACUGCCAGACAAUUGUUUACGAAAGACCACAAAGAAAUGAGAAAAGAUGGAGAAAAAUGGAUGAAGGGCACGGCAACUUCUUGUACUGUGGUUGGCGCUCUCAUCAUUACCAUUAUGUUUGCGGCAGCAUUUACCAUUCCUGGUGGUAAUAAUCAAGAUACAGGCUUGCCAAUCCUCGUGCAUGACAAACUAUUUAAACUUUUUAUAGUAACUGAUUCCCUAUCGCUAUUUUCUUCAUCGACAUCAGUAUUGAUGUUUUUAGGAAUCCUCACAUCACGUUAUGCAGAAGAAGACUUUCUUAUAUCCUUGCCCAGAAAGAUGAUUAUAGGUCUUUUCGCUCUUUUCUUCUCUAUUGCAACUAUGAUGAUAGCCUUUUCUGCUGCUCUUUUACUUAUGUUACGUGGAGAAUAUUGGAUCGUCGCUCCUAUUAUUGGUUUGGCUGGUGUUCCCAUUAUUCUAUUUGUAUUCAUGCAAUUUCGCCUUCUUGUUGACAUGUUUCAUUCAACCUAUGGACCGGGCAUCUUUGAUAGAAAAAUGGAGCCUUGGCUUUAACUUUUUACCUUAUUUGUUGUAAUGUUGUAUUGAUAUCUGGAAGACUAAGUAGAAUUGAUGAUUAUUUUUCAUUGGAACAAAUAGCUGAACUUAUGUCACAUAUUUUGUCAUUCC